UGCAACAUGGAUGCUUUUCAGGGCAUUUUAAAAUUCUUUCUUAACCAAAAAACUGUUAUAGGCUACAGCUUCUUGGCUCUACUGACUGUGGGAAGUGAGCGUCUCUUUUCACUUGUGGCUUUUAAGUGUCCCUGCAGCACCGAGAAUAUGGCCUAUGGGAUGGUUUUCCUUUUUGCUCCUGCCUGGGUGUUACUGAUCCUGGCAUUCUUUCUGAACAACAGGUCAUGGAGACUCUUCACAGGCUGCUGUGUGAAUCCCAGGAAGAUCUUCCCUAGAGGCCACAGCUGCCGCUUCUUCUAUGUCCUCGGCCAGAUCACUCUGAGUUCAUUGGUGGCUCCAGUGAUGUGGCUUUCUGUGGCUUUGCUCAAUGGAACUUUCUAUGAAUGUGCCAUGAGUGGGACGAAAAGUUCAAGACUCCUGGGACUGAUUUGUAACGGCAAGCCCAAAGAGUGUCAGGAAGAGCUUUACAAAGUACCUUGUGGCAAAACUAGCAUGCUACCCACGGACAACGAAGAACUAAAACUGUCCCUUCAAGCCCAGUCUCAGAUCCUGGGAUGGUGCCUGAUCUGUUCAGCAUCUUUCUUCUCUCUGCUCACCAUUUGCUGUGCUCGCUGCAGAUCUAAAGUUAGCUACCUUCAGCUGAAUUUUUGGAAGAUGUAUGCACAAAAGGAGAAGGAGCAGAUGGAAAAUACGUUUCUGGAGUAUGCUAACAAGCUGAGUGAGAGGAACCUGAAAAGCUUUUUUGAAAACAAGAGGCCAGAUGCCUUUCCCAUGCCUACUUUUGCUGCCUGGGAGGCUGCUUCAGAGCUACAUUCUUUCCAGCAGAGACGGCAGCACUACAGCACCCUCCACAGGGUGGUGGAGGAUGGCCUGGAACUUAGCCCUGAGGAAGAGGAGACGACAAUGGUCCUUGUGGGUACCGCCCACAAUGUGUAGCUCAUGCACCAUCAGUGACUCACGUGUCGAGCGGUGCACUCAUUCUGAGAUCCUCCCACUAUAUCAACAGCAACCUCUGCAUCUCUGUGUUUUCUCACUUUAGAGUUUCCUUACAUGACAAUAACACAAAGGGAAACUGCUUUGGAGCCUUCACAUGCAGACAGUGUCAAGAUGUGCUCAGAUUGAUUCUGAGUGGUGACAACUGUGUCCUCGCACUGGUGAAGGCUGGGCUCAGUAGGCCAAAAGGCUACUCCAAGUUCUACAAUUUUAUGAUUCAACAGAGGGACUCAAGCAAGAGGGUCUGCUGCUACCUGUAAAUAUCAGUCAUGGUGUCUGGGA